AUGAAAAAUAUUGCUUUAAUAAUUAUUGUAAUAUUCAUCAAUUUCGCUUUUGUUACAGCAUCCCUGAAUUGGGAAAGAGAGGAAUUAUAUCUUUUGGGGAGUCGACAUGUUAACAAAAUAUCCAUCAGAAACUCAUCUUUGGAAGCAAGAGCUUAUUCCGAUUGCCAAAUAGUCGGAUAUCACUUAUGUCCAGAUAACUCGGUAUGUUGUCGCAUCGACGAAGCGUGCAUACCAGACGGAGCCUCUUACUCAUGUAGCGGUGGCUGUGACGCCACCUCUGUAGAUUGCGGAAACGGUUAUUGCUGUAGGUCGGGCCAAGUUUGCGUUGUCGAUAGUAGCACUAGUAACGGUAUUGCUUGUGAACCUCAAAAGAAAUCAUCUGGUUCAACUAUCAGUCCAACCGUAGCAAAUAGUCUAAUGAUCAUAAUUGUUCUAGUUUCUCUGAAUUUAGUAUAA